AAAAUUCUCGGGAACGGUAUAGGUGUCACAAUUUAGCACGAUUUUGCAUUUAAUCUAGUACAUGUAAUGCAGAAAAAUGAGUGUCAAAGCGUUCGAGUUGGUCCCCGCGAUCGAGCGGAUCAAGCUGAUGUCCGAUAAAGCAAAGACACAGAUUGAAUGUAUUGAUUUCUGUGGAAAAAACUUGUACAUUGGAACUAAUGACUGUUUUGUGGUACAUUACAUGAUAGAAGAGCGCCAGUCAUCUAGCGGCAAAGUUGUAUUUCAUAAUGAAAAAUUGGGACAUAAAUACCUGGCUUUGAAAAAGCCAGUUUCUCAACUUAAGGCAGCAUCAGCUUUAAACAGAAUCCUAGUCCUAUGUGAUAAUACUCUAACUCUACUCAAUAUGUUUGAUUUAGAGCCAAUCAUGAGUGGAGCCAAGGUGAAAGGAGUGACAUGUUUCUGUUUGAACGAAACUCCAGUUCGUGGGAGUCCUUUCAGUGUAGAGAUCUGUGUAGCACUGAAGAAGAAACAGAUACAGUAUUACACAGCCACUGAGGAUAGACUUAUUCAUGUGAAGGACAUCUCCUUGUCGGAGCCCGCCGUAUCCUUGGGUGUGGAUGGAAGUUACAUCUGUGUUGCUACAAUGAGCCAGUACUGUAUGGUUAAUUAUGAGUCUGGACACCUACAGGAUCUCUUUCCCUUCGACAGUGAAAACAGCAAACCUCUCAUCAGACGCAUCAGUAAGGAAGAGUUCCUUUUGAGUGGCCCGAGUGCCCUGGGAAUGUUUGUGACAUCAGCUGGUAUAUCACAGCGGCCUCCACUACAAUGGUCAGAGAAUCUACAGGGAGUGAGCUACAUCCAUCCCUACAUUAUAGCCCUUAAUGAUGAGUUCAUCACAAUACACAGUAUACUUGACCAACAGCAGAAACAAGCAAUUCCUUUCCAAGGAGGAUCCUUCAUAGGAAAUUUUGAUGGGAAAAUGUUUGUAGCUUCUCAAAGAGAAAUCUACUCACUGGUGCCUGUAGCAUGGGAAAAACAGGUUCAAGCGUUACUGGCAGACAAGCGAGUAUCCGAGGCCUUAGAUCUGGCACGCAAUGCCAACCGUGUGGGCCUUAGUAAGGAUAAAUUCAACAAGAUAUUCAGACGAUUUGAACAACAAGCAGCGUUUAUAGAGUUUUCUCAGCAACACUUUGAGGAGGCUAGGGAGUUGUUUAAAGAAGGAAAAGUAGAUGUUCGUGAGGUGCUAAGUCUAUAUCCACGACUCUUGCCGUCCAACUGUAACUUUACAAGGUCAGUGCCACCUCUCCAUGAGAUCGCUGAUGUGAACCAGCUGAGUCGUGGAGAUGAAGCCAUUAUGAAGGAAUAUCGUAAUUUUCUCCGACUAUAUCUAGAGGAUUUACGAGGCACAAAGGAUGCAGUCGGUUUUAAGCAGGAGAUAGAUGUUGCUUUACUGAAACUGUAUGCUGAAGUGAAUUCACCAGAGUUAGUUCCCCUUAUUGCCGUGGAUACUGGUUGUGACCUGAAGGAUUGUGUUGAUUGUCUAGAGAAAUAUGAGAGGCACCAUGCUCUAGCACUCCUGUACAAGGUUCACAAAGAAAACGAUAAAGCCCUCGCUGUAUGGAUGAGGCUUGUCAAUGAGGAAAUCAAAGACGAAACUUUCCCGGGCGUGGAGUUUGUCGCAGAGUUCCUAGCAAACCUUAGUGACCAUGAGUUGGUAUGGAAGUAUGUUGAUACAAUACUGGUCAAGGAUGCACAACUAGGGGUCAAGGUGUUUACGGAACGGCCGCCUAAGGAGCCCCCGUCAGAACGUUUACGACCUGAAGCAGUGAUUGACUACUUACACAGGUUCCCAGAGGCUGUCAUCACUUAUCUAGAACAUCUAGUCUUUCAAAAGAAAUUAGAGAAGGAGAAAUAUCAUACACACCUUGCUGUGCUGUAUCUUGAUGCAGUCCUGCAGCUUAUGAAGGAGAACAGUGUCAAAAAGGAAAAGCUGGAUAUCGCCAGGUCAAAGCUACGUCACAUUCUGCAGAUGUCUAAUUUAUAUCGUGUACAACUCAUUCUCGGAAAGGUCAAACAAACGGACAUGUUUGCUGAAUGUGCUAUACUGUAUGGAAAACUAGAGGAACAUGAUAAAGCUUUACGUAUACUGGUGCACAAACUGAAGGAUUAUGGGGCCGCUGAAAACUAUUGCCUUGUCAACUCUCAGGGCAAAGAUCCCAGUGUGAGAAAGAGGCUGUUUCAUAUACUGCUGAGUGUUUACCUUGACCCGUCCUAUGAACAAAGAGAUUCCCUGGUACAUCCAGCUGUAACUCUUCUCAACAGCAACCUAUCAGAGUUUGAUACAGUAAAGGUAAUCCAGUCUAUACCGGAGAACUGGUCAGUGGGCUUGCUGUCACAAUUUCUGAUGCGAACUGUUAGAAAAAGUAUGAACUCUUGUCGAAAUAAACGCAUAGAACGUAUGAUGUCUCGCGGAGAAAAUUUACAGGUCACACAGAAUUCUAUAGAAAUGCAGCGUAAUUAUGUCACCAUGAAUGACGACAGGAUGUGUGCGAUGUGUAAUCGGGCUUUUGGUGACACUUCUUUUGUGCGUUAUCCAAAUGGAGUUGUGACACAUGUACAUUGUGCAAAAAACAAACAUGUCUGCCCUGUGACAGGAAAACUUUUUAGUACCAAACAGUCUUGAUGAUACAUAUACCUGCAUUACAAGUACUUCCUUCAUCCUAUAACUAGCUUAUGCAUGAAGGAUGGGGAUAUUUCUCGGAGAUCAGAUGGUGCCUGAAGGUGAUUGUCAUUUCGUGCAGGCCAAACUAGUGCAGAGGACAGGAGAGGAGAUGCUUCCACAAGCUGCUGAUGACCAACUAGAUUUUCGGUCAAGAAGACGGAAUUGAAGAUAUAAACAGCACCUGCACCAGAAAAUCUUGUUUCAAAAGUGCUACAUGAAUGUGAUGAACAGAUUUCACAAAUUCUGAUUUCAUACUUUCAAUAAUAUUUAUUAAUUAAAAAAUCAAGUUGAAUUGUUUGAAAAAUAGGUACAUAUACUAAAAAGUAAAAUUUCUGUGUAUGUUAUGAACUUAAAAGUAAUAAUUUUCAGUCUUAGGACAAGUUAUUGUGUAAUAGUAUUUAUAAAAAUG